AUGAAGGCUAUUACUAAACAAGAUAUUGCAAAACAAACGAGGAUUCUUGAUAUAUGUGGAUGCUUAAUAUCCGCAAUUGCAAUAUUGACAUCCAUGAUUAUAUACCGCGCUAUUCCGAUGCCUUACUUGAGUAAAUCUUUAUUAAAAAUUGUUCAAAAUAACAUGGAACAAAAAGGUUCCCCUAAUAAAUUGUUAUCAUUGGGUUCCCCAGUCAGCACGAAGCUGCAGCAAGCUACAGUGUUGAUUUUCAGGAGGAACCUUAAAGUGUUCAUACAAAUAGACGUCCAACGAGCGCUACAACAUCAGAGAACAACUAUCCAUUUAUUUUUGUUUGGAGCUAUGCUCACCAACGUUAUUGUACAACUCUUACUCUACACCGAUCAGGUAAUAGUCAAUGGAUUUGAUGAAUCACUAUUCGGAGGCAUGGAAGUAUACAGGGGGAUCAACAACACUCAAUAUGUUUGUGAAGUAUUUUACUUCGUUCAGGAAUAUUCCAUGUCUACGAUAUUCAUGUGGAUCCUUAUUGAUGCUGUUUUUAUAUCACGCUGUUUCUCUUGUAACACCGUACGAUUCACAUUUCCGUUGAUUCGAUACGCUGCUUUAAGCUGCCUUCUUCCUCUCCUGAACGUGGCCAUCUGGGCUGCUCUUACAGGCUAUUUUUUUGAGACAGAAACUAAGGUUGACUGCUGGUUUGGCUACAACUUUAAUAAACUGUAUUGGAUAUUGCAAGGACCACGCUUAUUUAUAAACGCGCUUCUUCUUGCUUACAUAAUGAAGAUAUUGAUACCAAAGUUAAAAAGGACUCGCAAAGCUGACAUGGGGAAACUAAAGCUUGCAGUGAAAACGACUAUCUGUCUACUUGUACUAUUGGUGUUGACAAGUGCUUGCUCUAUGAUUGAAACAGACACCUGGACAAUCGACGCAUGGGUGUUUGCCCUAUGGAGCUAUACCGCGCAUUUUUUUCGAUCAUUCCAAGGGUUAAUUACCAUUGUACUCUACUGUUGCUUGAACCACGAGGUGCAAGAGACAGUUAGACGAUGGCUGAAUUUGUUUCCUCGACAACGUUCUCCUGAAAACAAUGCGGGGAAUCGAACUCAGGACAUCGAACAGCAGGCGACUGUAUCGAUGAUACACAACCCUCUGUGCUCUGACACCAAUGAACGACGGCAAAGCACGGUAUCCAGCCGUCGCAUGCUAAGAAGGUUCCAUGAGAUUUAUGAUCAACGCGACACUCUAGGCCCAGAAAUUAUUGAGAUGAAUGUCUAUCGAGACGAGCCUGGACCGUCUAGAAUUUCUCAAGAACGGGAUAGGCCAAAUCCAAGUAGCUCUGAAGAAUUUGAUUCAGACUCAGACUCUGACUCUGACGCAAGCUCUAACCGAUAUAGAAGAAAGAAAGUUAGCUUCAGUGAUGAACAAGACCCAGAUCAAGAGUGAAUAAGGACCACCAUAUUCAAUUUUAAAUAACACAGGGAAAAGUAACUUUGAGACUAUAAUAUUAUUGUAGGGACCUAAAAAACUAAUAGAGAUAGUUAGAUAUUAUACUAAUUUAGAAUUACUUAAGUAUUAUAAUCAUUCAGUAUACUGGUAAUGCAACGUAAA